AUGGUCGCCUCCUUCGUCUGGACCGCAGAAGAGGCCAGAUACCUCAAAGCCGUCCUCCGCUGGCAAGACGCCCCCUCCUCAGACGACGACGCCACCGCUACCAGACCAAGACAACCCAGAAGGAGACCGCCCCCUCCCCCACAGGCAACUAUACAACUUUCCUCCCAAAACCGCAGGCAACCCCAAGAAAAAGAAGACCACCCACCAUCAGGUGAACUCCGCGUGUUGGUCCUCGGGGCGAAAGGAGCAGGGAAAUCCUCUCUUUUGAGCAGAUUUUCGCAAGGCACAUUCCCUCCCGCCACCCAACCCGCAAGAGCAACAACAACGUCACCAUCAGGGGAGUCCCACUCAGGAAGCUGCCGACAUCCCAUCUUUCUCCUCCCCUCCACAACAGGGGACAGCAAAAAAAAGAAAUACAUCAUCGACGCGCUAGAAUUCCCUUCCAAUCAGUCAUCUUCGAACCCAUUGCUGGAGCAAGCACUGGCCAUCACCGAGGCGGCGGUUGUGGUUUAUGACACGGCAAGCGCCGAUUCUUUCAGGUUGGCGAAAGGGGUGGUGGAAUUCAUCUUGGAGCAUUUCGACCCACUCACACCAUCCCCCAACAAUAGCGCCAACAGGAGGGUUUAUCCAGUGGUGCUGGUGGGGAAUAAAUUUGACAAUGACAAGGAGAGAGAGGUUAGCGAGGAUGAGGGGAGAGAGGCGGCCGGGAAGAUGGGGGUUAGAUGUAUGAUGGAGGUUAGUGCCAGGACGGGAGAAGGGGUACAAGGGGUGUUUGAGACUAUCGGGGCGGAGGUUCUCGCUGCGAAGAGGGCGACAACCACGGCUAGGGAGGUGGGGAGGGAAAUGGUUCAGGGUGGUGGGUAUGAGAAGGCGGGCAACAGGCCCCAACUUGUGAGGCAAGAAGGGAGUGCAGGCGGGAGUAACAAGAAAGGGGGUUUACUGAGAAGGAUGUUCUGGGGGAGGAAACUCCACACGCGGCAGGGAGUUGCUUGA